CUAUUUCUGGGUUAGCGGAGUCUGUAAUCUGAAGCGUAUGUAACCCGAGGUACCACUGUAUAUAAUAAAAUGACUUUUAUUUUAAUCCGCAGCAGUAAAUCCUAAGACUAAAUAUCACUUGAAAUCAUUUCAGAAUAAACUGAAUGCUGAGGAUAAAAUUGCUAGUCUGCUUGUGGUGCAUGUCUGUCUAUGGCCCUAUUUGGGCAUUCUGCUUGUGUGUAAAAUCAGUACCUAAAAAAGUGAGAACAGGAAUAAAUCUCCUAAGAUCUGCCCUUCCUGUAGCCCCCCUCAAAUCAUGAAGGGCAAAAGACUGAAGUGGAGAGCUUCUUCUGCUGAGGAAGGCCUCCCAUGCUGUUUGGAAUGCCCAACUUCCUUAUUGAAUCCAACUUUGUCAUCUCAGUGGACUUAAGUUAGUCAGGCCUAUUGAUUUCAUUGGAUCUGCCCUAAGGCUGACUUAGCUGAAUUAAACACCAUGAGUUGAAUUCAAUGAUGCACUAUUAACAAUAAAAACAGAUUGCAUUGUCUUUCAAAAUUAAAAUAUUCUGCUGUGUCAGCAUUGGUGAAGAGGACAGAGGGGUUCCUCAUAGGAAUGUUUUGUAAUUGUGGACUAUCACUCCUGCUCCAAGUAGUCUGCACAGCAGGAGAGACUAAAAAGCAGAAACUAGUUGGUAUAAUAUACCUGAAGGCAUGGUGCAGGAGGGACUUGGUUUACCAUAACCAGUUGGUCACUUUUAUGUGCACCUGGCACAGCUGUGGUUUGCCAGCAUGGAAGGAAAAGGAAGGGCUAUUUUAAUUACCAAAUAGGGCCUCUUUAUACUUUGCUUUUAGGACAUGAGGCAGAAUCAUGUCCAAAGAAAUGUAUCCUAUGGUGUAUUAUACAUUUCUUAGUGAUGAGGGGGGAAAAUUCCUUGUUUCUUUGCUACUUAAUGUGAUUGCUAAUCAUUAUAGCUAAAGCUAGGAUAAUUUGUUUUAAAAGCACAAUUUAUUUUCCUUUGCACAUAAUACUAAACAGAAUAAUCUCUCAGAUUUUGUGGUCUUUUCAUUCACAGGGAGCGUCAAAUACUGUAAAGGGUGUAUUAAGGUGACUUAAAAUGAACUUCAGUUAGAACAUGGCUCAGCUUCAGAAAAUGAUGCUAUCAACAUUUACAGAGACCAAAGUUGACUUCCCCUUGGAAUGUCUAGAUGACUCUCAAGUGGCUGGAAACUCUGCAGCAUCUGAAGUGAUACGCUAUGAAUAUCAUGUUUUGUACUCCUGCAGCUAUCAAGCUCCUGUACUUUAUUUCAGGGCAUGUUUUUUAGAUGGAAGACCUUUAACUCUGGAUGAAAUAUGGAAAGGUGUACAUGAAUGCUACAGGGAGCAGCUCUGGCAGGGGCCCUGGGAUACCAUUACACAACAGAAUAGUCUUGAUUCAAAGGCAAUCAUGUUUACAUGUACCAAAGGGAGGGGAGGCUUGCUGCUGAAUGAGGAGCAUCCAUUGCUUGGACAGCCUUUCUUUGUUCUUCAUCCUUGCCGGACAAAUGAAUUUAUGUCUGCGGUGUUAUCCAGUUCGUAUAAACAAAGCAGGAAUACAAACUAUAUUAUUUCAUGGCUGAGUAUCGUAGGCCCAAUGGUGGGUCUCAAUCUGCCUCUGAGUUAUGCAAAAGCCAAUUCUGAGCAGACUACAAGUGCUGACUAAAGAGAUUCUGAACAGGAGCAUGGGUAGUGGCGAAGCAUAAAGAUGUCCCACCAGUCCUGUAGCUCAGCUCAGACAGGAAACUGAGGAUAACAUCAACAUCACCACAAGAAGCCUAAGCAGAGGCUAUGGUUCAUUAACAUCCAUGUGUUAAUUAUAACCAAGUCUUAGGAAGCAAUUCUAAUUGCAACAAGUAUGAUACAUGGUCUUGGCAGGAAAGAAAUGUCUGUUCUCUUUUCCCAAACCUGAUACAGUAACUGUUUUGGGGUAACUUAUUUCUGAAGUAAUUCACAAAGUAUAUCCACAAAAAGACAACAUUGGUGAUUGUCAAAGGAAUUUAAAGUUUCUACCUACCUUAGCUUCUGUUGCUUUCAGCUGCUUCUAUGAAAAGGAAUAAUUUUGUAGGAAAUGGUUCCCUUGCUGCUCUUUUGCCUUGGCUUAGACCUAUUAGCGACAUUUAUAAGUUACCAAUACACAGAUUGCGUCACACAUUACAGAAAACACUUUCCUUGAAGAAUCAGCAUGAAACUGCUGCUGCGCUCUUCGUGUGUUAGGAUCAGACAUGGUGUUUAUAGGCUUCAUACACAUGAACAUCUAGAACUGGCUGUGAGUUCUCACGUAGUCUGUACACACAGUCAUAUACACAUAGUAAUGCACACAUUUGACUUGGGACCAAACUGGGUAUGAUGUGGCAGUCACAAUUGUUGUUUAUGUGUCUUCCCUGAGGAAGGGUGUGUAAUUUUUUACCUCAGAGGUGCUGUGCAGUAUGAGCACUUCCUUUUUAUUACCUUUUCACAGUCACCUAAACACUUUAGCCCUCAGAUUUGUUCCAAUACCAGAAGUGAGCCAGGCUGUUGGGACGGGACUGGGGGGUGGAUUGGCAUGAGGACAGUUUCACCUUUGUACCUCUCUGAUACUACAAUUAAACUUCACCACCAGCCUGUCAUUAUAUGUGAAACAGGAAACAUGGCUGCUGGUUUCCCACCUAGUUUGUUUCAUGUUAUUUCUACAGUGAAGCAUUUUCCAUGUAGGAAAAAUGUAAUGUUAAAUGUUGACCCUAAAUUAAGCUGUCUUGGCUUUAAAAUGGCCCUCGAUGUUUUGCGUCACUUCCCCCCUGCCUUCUCUUUGUGCUGCCUUUCUUCUCAGAGUAGGCUUCGUAAAAAGUACAGCUGCAUUGACAACCUGUUUAAUACCAAGUAGCUUCAAUUAGGACUCUGCUAAAUGCCCAAUAAUAGUCUUCAUGUUACAUAUGUUUAUCUGGCUUAUCCAUUCAAGAGGUUAAUUAACAGUUAAUAUAUGAAAUCAAUUAGCAAAAAACAUCCAGAUAUUAAUUUCACUUCUAUUUAAAUCAGUCACUGCUCUAUUAAUGUCAGUCACGUUGCUGAGAUGCAUCAUAGCAGAGAUAUACCUCUUAGUUUCUCUCCCACUGUCCUGGACAGACUACACACAAUGUGUAUUUGUUACUGCAUUGAGUGGGUGUUAUUUAAAAGAGUAAGGAAUAUAAAGAUGACUAAAAAUUCCAGUGUUGCAUUGUUGAAGUUAAAAGUAAAGACUCCAAAGUUCA